UACGUAAAUAAUCUUCUACGAAAAAUUCAAGAUCUCCUAAGAAUAUGGUCUUCCUAGUUCCUAUAGUAUAAGUUGUAACCUUGUUAUAUAUCUCGCAAAAAAAAGUUGUGACAUUUUUAGGCUGAGAAAUAUUGAGGUCUAAAGUCCAGCACACCCUAAUAAAUUUCUAUAAAGCACAAAAAAGGAAAAAGAUAACCUUUUAAUUAAUUUGCUAACCUGUAGCAUAUUUCCAACAUUGACAACUAGUGCGCCGUGAAGUGAAGGAACAUCAACCCAAUCGGCAGCCCCUUCGUGGAAAACUUGUAGCCCUCCAACCUGGUCUUGAAGUAAGAUGGUGAAAGUAGAAGUAUCGAAAUGUGGGUUUGCUGCUAUUGCAACCUCCGGCUCCGGACACGGUGGAUAGUAGUUGAGAAUCGCGGUUGUAAGGUUCGUGGAAAUAAACUCAUUUGUAUUUGGCGUUAGUCCCAGGGCUAGAGAAAGUAACUGCGACAAGGUUUCGCCUAAUUUCCGGAUACGACCAAUGAAAAUUGUUGCAGAGUCCCUACGCAUAUCAACAAAACCAACAUGAAGAGGAACUUGACAUAGAUAUUAUAUGACUUAAUGAAAUAAUUUGUGAAUACAAUUUUUUUUAAAACUGAAAGAUAGAAGGAAAGAGAAUAAUGGUUGGGGUUACUAGCCAAUAUCGAGAUAUCUUGAGUACAUACACUACACGAAUGUGACUUAAUCACAGAAAAUCAUGUGUUCAAUGGUUUUAGUCACAGAAAAUUUACCGUAUAUAUAUUUUCGUGUCUAGUUAUAACUAGUCACGGUACAAUUACCAGUGGUAAUUUGCAACUAUUUAUCACAAGAUACCGUAGCCAAAUUGACUUAGUGAAAUGCAUAGAAAUUAUACUUUUUUAUUUAUACGGAUUUUAUAAUCAUAUAGGGCUAGCUAGUUUGUCUGGGUUCUUCAGUAUAACUGUAAAGCAGAUUGUUUAAGACCAGGACCGGAUGUAAAAUUAUCCAAUCACGUCUUUGAUCUCAGAAUUAGAAAAAAAUUCUAGACCAUUCCAGUCUGAGUUAAAACUGUGUCAAAACCGAAAGACCAAAUAACUAAAAAACAAACAAAAGGCAAAGCUCGCCUAGACACAGAGGCAAAGCGAACCAGGGUUGAUGCGAGCCUAGUGCCACUCCCCUGAGCGGCCCAAGUGAGCCCACUAUGUUCUAUAGGGUUGUAGGCUGAGUCCCUCUCUAUUCCAUCGCAAAGCCACCAAUCCAUUUCUCUCCCAAAUCCCAAUCGCAAACAGCAGCUGUCGACUGUCAUCCUGAACCCCCUAACCCUAAAAUCGAUCAGCGACUGCGCCUCCGCUACGACCCAGCGACCGCGACCACCGACCAGCAUCUCGUCGCCUAUGCUCCUUCUUAGAUCUCUCCGUUCCGACCAAACGACUAGAUCAACAUCUUGUCAUCGACCCAACGGUCGUGACCAACAUCUCGUCCACAGCUCGUCUCCCUCCGUCCUAGAUUCAUCGCCCUCCAUCCAUAUCUCGCCGCCCUCUGUUGAAUAGCAGGUACCGGCCGCCAAAAAAUGAAGGAGAGAAGCAGUAAGGGUAGUAAGAAGCGAGUAACGGUUCAAGAGGAGGUGAUAAUUUGUGUCCUCUUCCUAGUAAGAAGCGACCACAAUCAGAAGCUUCAAAGGAAGCUAUUGAAAGUGGUAACAACAGUGGUAAUAUUAAUGUUCAAGCCGCAACAACUCAAGAACAAGAAUCGGCAGCAGCUACCAGCACCACAACACUUGGCAUAGAGAAGACUAGUAGGGAGUAUACGUUAAGAUGACAUGUGUGGCAACAUUAUGAUCGUUCCAAAGAUGAUCAAGGCAAGAAGAAGGCAGGGUGUCAUUACUGUGGCAAGUCAUUGGCUGGGGAACCCUCGGAAAUGGUACAAGUUCUUUGGGUAGGCGUACUGAAAGUUGUAUAAAGAAACAACAACAAAAGGGGAAGCAGUAGAAUCUAGAACUCAAUCCAAGUUCUGUUGAAGAGCAAGAAGUUUUGGGGACUUGGAAAUUUGAUCAAGCAUUAUUGUCAGAGCUAGGUUAGUUGAAAUGAUAACUCUGGAUGAAAUGCUUUUUAGGAUCAUGGAGAAAGAAGGAUUUAAGCGCUUCAUGGCACAUGUUUGUCUGACGUUUAAGAAUCCUGGUAGAAAAACAAUUAGAGAAGAUUGUUCCUUGAACAGAAAGACAAGUUGAGAGAUUACUUCAAGAUCAAAUAUAGAGGAAGUGUGUCCAUAACUACUUAUAGUUGGACUUCUUGUCAAAAUUUCAAUGAUAUGUGCAUCAAUGCACACUUUAUUAGGAAGGAUUGUAAGUUGUACAAGAAGGUGAUAAGUUUUUGCAAGAUUACAAGUUAUAAGGGGAUUGAUCUAGGUGAUGCAAUAGUUUGGAGCAUUGGGGUUUGUAAAAAAAAUUAUAGUCACAGUUGGCAAAGCAAGUGAAAAUGACAUGGCACUUCUUCAUUUGAGAGAUCGACUUAAAGAUUUGGGGUACUAAUAUAGUUAGUGGAAAGUACCUACACAUGCGGUGUAUCGCUCAUAAAGUGAAUUUGAUUGUGAUUGAUGGUUUAGAAGAGAUGGGCAUGUCGAUAAGGAGGGUGAGAGAGGCUAUUAGAUGGGUUAGAGCAUCACCUUCUAGAUUGACAAAGUUCAAGGAGUGCGUGGAAUUUCACAACAUUGAAUCCAAGAAGUUGUUUAGUCUAUAUGUGCCUACAAGGUGGAAUUCCACCUACUUCAUGCUUGAAGUAACUGUUGAAGAUGCAUUCUCUAGUAUUUAGAGGAAAGAUAAGGAUUACAAGCCCGAGUUUAAGGCAAAGAGUUACAAGAAUCAAGAAAUUGGUGUCCCUCAA